GUGUGUGUGUGGUGUUGUCAGCGCGCGAGGGCGUGGUCGGCUUUAAGCGAGCCCAAACCGCACUUGGGUUCAAUUACCCGUGGGCAUGCAGCAGGGCUGAGCCGAUGAGGAUUCACCCAGGACUCGCCCGGGACUCACUCGCAAGCACCGGCCUCCAUUCACGGCCGUUAGCACACGUCGCGAUGCCGAGAGUACUAGCGCUGCUGCUGUGCGCGGCGGGCUGCCUCCAGGGCUGCCUCGCCCUGCCCGCCAAGGUGGUGCAGGCGCCGGCUGAAGGCCUGGAGCUGACCCUGCUGCACGUCAACGACGUCCACGCGCGCUACGAGCAGACCAACAAGCUGUCCGGCACCUGCUCGGACUCGGACGCCAAGGCCAACAACUGCUACGGCGGCCAGGCGCGGAUGGCCACCGUCAUCAAGCAGGCCCGCAAGGACGACGCCAACGUCCUGGUGCUCAACGCGGGCGACACGUACCAGGGGACGGUCUACUUCUCCAUCUUUAAGGCCGACAUCUCCGCCAAGUUCGUGAACCUGCUCCAGUUCGACGCCGUGACCCUGGGCAACCACGAGUUCGACGACCACGUCAAGGGCCUGGUGCCGUUCGUAGAGCAGGUAACGGUGCCCCUGGUGGUGGCGAACCUCGACUACUCCCAGGAGCCAACGCUGGCCGCACUGGAGACGAGCGGCAAGCUCAAGAAGUCCGUCGUCCUCGAGCGCGGCGGCUACAAGAUCGGCAUCAUCGGCUACCUCACCCCGGAGACGAAAUUCCUGGCCAGCCCGGACAACGUCCAGUUCGUGGACGAGGUGGAGGCCAUCACCAAGGAGGCGGCCGAGCUCAAGAAGCAGGGCGUCAACAUCAUCAUCGGCCUGGGCCACUCGGGCUACCAGCGGGACCAGGAGAUCGCCAAGCAGGUCCCCGACAUCGACGUGGUGGUGGGCGGCCACAGCCACUCGUUCCUGUACACCGGCACCCCGCCCGACAACGACGUGCCCGUCGGCCUGUACCCGACGUGGAUCACGCAGGACUCGGGCAGGAGGGUGCCCGUCGUGCAGGCCUACGCCUUCACCAAGUACAUGGGCAAGCUCAAGCUUAAGUUCGACGCCGAGGGCGAGCUGCAGGACCUGCAGGGCGGCCCCAUCCUGCUCAACAAGGACGUAGAGGAGGACCCCGACACGCUGACGGAGGUGCUCAAGUGGAAGGCCGAGCUCAACGACAAAGUGCUGCAGCCCAUCGGCAGGACCGCUGUGCUGCUGGACGGCAGCUGCCGCGCGCACGAGUGCAACCUGGGCAACCUCAUCGCGGACUCGUUCGUCUACGGGGCCGCGGAGUUCCAGCGCCCCGCCACCGGCUGGACCGACGCCCCCAUCGCGCUCGUCAACGGCGGCUCCAUCCGGACCUCCAUCGACGCCUCCACCAACAAUGGCCAAAUCACCCUCAAGGACAUCAUGGAGGUGAUGCCCUUCGACAACCUGCAGGUCAAGCUCAAGCUCCGCGGCAAGGUGCUGAUGCAGGCGCUGGAGCACAGUGUGAGCGAGUACGUCCCCGGGCAGGCCUGGAAGGGCGCCUUCCUGCAGUUCUCCGGUAUCCGCGUGACCUACGACGUGUCCAGGCCGGCCGGGCAGCGCGUGGUGAGCGCCGAGGUGCGCUGCGGCGCCUGCAAGAUCCCCGCCUACAGCCCCCUGGACCCCAGCGAGCUGUACGGCGUCAUCGUCAACGGCUUCAUGGGCAACGGCGGCGACGGCUUCACCAUGCUGGCCGACAACGAGGGCAGCGAGCAGCUGCAGGACACGGACGAGGCCGUGACGCAGCACUACAUCGAGAGGUUCAAGCUGGUGUACCCCGCCGUGGAGGGCCGCAUCACCUUCGUCUCGGCGGACGCGUCCACCACGCCGGUCCCCGGGACGUCCGCCAAGCCGGCGCCCGGGACGUCCCCGAAGCCAGCGCCCGGGACGUCCCCCAAGCCGUCCCCCUCGUCGACCGCCAAGCCGUCCAGCGCCGCGCGGGCCGCCACGCCCGUCGCCGCCCUGGUCGUGGCCGUCCUCGUCUCCCUGCUGUUCCACUAGGACCGACGUGGUCGACGAGAACGACGUCGGCCCGGGAGGGGGGCUUGUAGGGAGAGAGCGAGACUGAAGCGACAUUUUGACUCUUGCAGUGGCGUGGCGACGGCCGCUGCCUCCGUGCCUCGGCUCCGGGGCGGCGGCGCUCGCGCCACUGUGCAUUCCAGUAAUGGUGACCGUUGGCUGUGACUUAAUUUGCUAAGUUCCGUAUUAGUUUCCGGUCAAGGCCGGCAACGCAUUACCGUAUUACCGCUCCGUCCCUAAAAGCCAUCAUCGCGCUAAUGCAGCGCCGAACAAAGCGAAACGACCGGGUUGUGAAAAUAUUGGAAAAACCUCGUCGAAUGUUUAAUAAAGCAGUCUGCAUUCCCGAA